UUUUAUUAAUUACUCAAGACCGGCAGAUCCGUUCAAUAAUUAACAAUGUCACGCCAUCGAAACAUCAGAAAACUCAAAAAAUUUUUGAGGAAGAAUACGGAUACGAAGAUAAUGAAUAUGGAGCCGGACAGUUGGAAGGUAUCACCGAUAAAGAUAUCGAAGAUACAUUAUGGCACUACUUUUUUGAUACCGAACAAACGAUCAAUUGGUUAUUAGCGAAAAAACAAAAACGAUCUCAAAAGCAGGCUGCUUCAGAUAACUCACAAGAAAACAAAGAGACGCCCAUUGUCGCGUUAAAACAAAGCUGCUUUACUCGUGGCGGGUUAUUGGGUGGCGCUGAUUCAGAAACUCCGAAUUCGCAACAGAGACUUUCUUCCAUGAAAUCUACAUAUGCAUCUUUAUCAGAUUUGUCUUCGGCUAUACCUUCAAAUUCUGGACUGCAGAGACAGGGAUUAUCUUUAUCAUCUUUGGCACAAGAAUCUUUGUCCCAUUCAACCGGCCGAAUUUCAUUGACAAAACUCGUACCAAAUAAAAGCAGGACUACCGACUCAUCACAAUCUGCAAACUUAAAUAUUGGAAUAUCUCAAAAAUUAACUUCUAAUUUAAAUUUAUCAAAAACGAAACAAUUGACAACAUUGCUAAACACUUCGGAUUCUACGCAUUCGUUGAAGCCGUUGUCAUCCUAUACGGGUUCUAAUUCAUCAGUUUCAUCUAAUUUGAAUAAUGUGGAACACAGUUCUUUGAAAUCUAGUGUUGGGUUUCAAUCCUCAACCUUUCAAAAGCACACAAUACCACCUUCCCAAGUAGUAAAUGGCACGAAUACCUUGCGGAUACAAGCACCAUCGAACCCUCUUAUUGCGCCUCCAUCCAUAUUCGCAAUUGCAAUAUUUGCAAAGCUGCAAGAUGUGCAGUUACCUUCUAACGACCUUUUCACAUUUGAACUUUCCUCAACAGGGUCAAGUAAUCAAAAAAGUUUUGCAUUUGAUCAGCCAAGUCCGGAUGAUACUAUUUUAAAUGCUCAAAGUAAAAAGGCUUUUAGUGCUUCAAAAGGCAAACAAAUAGCUACACAAUCAUCACCGUUACUACCGCCGGUAAAUGCAACUAAUAAUGGAACAAAAAAGCAUAUAGAUAAAUCAAUUAAGGAGAGCGAUGAUGAUUUGAUUGAAAUUUUAGAAGGAGGAGAUGAGCAAUUGAAAAUUGAUAUUAGUGCUCUCUCCCUGGCAGAUUUAUCAAAAACUCCGUUUAGCAAGAUCGCAGAACCUAUUAAUGAACUUGCAAAUCAAGGGCCAGUUGUUCCUCAUAUAUCACUAAAUGAACAAAAAACUCCAACAAAAACAAAUGUAAAGCCUUCAAAACGUAUUAAUGUCCUUGAAGAAUAUAAAAAGCGCGUUGCUGACAAGCUUUCAUUAAACUUAGUAGUGAUCGGGCACGUGGAUGCCGGAAAAAGCACACUUAUGGGACAUUUAUUAUAUUUACUUGGCGAAGUUAACGAAAAAACCAUGAAACAAUAUGAAAGAGAUUCUUCAAAAAUUGGAAAAUCAUCUUUUGCUUAUGCAUGGGUUCUCGACGAAACUGGCGAAGAACGAAACAGGAGUUUCGAAACAAAAAGUCGCCGGUUUACUUUGUUAGACGCUCCUGGCCAUAGGGAUUUUAUCCCGAACAUGAUUUCAGGAGCUUCACAAGCUGAUGUUGCUAUUCUGGUGGUUGAUGCUACUGUCGGAGAGUUUGAAGCUGGUUUCGAAGCAAAUGGGCAAACCAAAGAGCAUGCAUUAUUAAUUAGAAGUUUAGGUGUCCAACAGCUAAUUGUUGCUGUAAAUAAAUUAGAUACUGUAGAAUGGUCAAAGGCUCGAUGCGAUGAAAUAAUAGAAAAAUUGAGUGCUUUUUUAAGCCAGGUUGGCUUUAAGAAAGAUAAAGUGGCAUAUAUACCAUGUAGCGGAAUGAUAGGGGAAAACAUCAUGCGCAGAUCGCCAGGUAUUUUAGAUUGGUAUAACGGGGAGACUUUAAUUGAGCAGAUAGACAAGUUUGAACCACCCACACGUCUUUUGGAAAAACCAUUUCGUCUUUCUGUGACUGAUUUUUUCAAGGGAGGCAUAGGGAAUAUUGGAGGUGUGACCGUUGCUGGCAGGAUAGAGAGUGGUACAAUACAAGCUGGUGAAGAAAUUACAGUAAUCCCUGGUGGUGAGCGUGGCGUAGUCAAAGCUUUGGCGGUUAAUGAGGAGUCAUCUAAGUGGGCUGUGGCUGGAGAUUCUGUGUUAUUGACUUUGAUAGAUCUUGAUAUUCUGCAACUUAAGUAUGUUAAGCAUCUUCCUAAAUCUACAACUGCUACUGUGGAAAUAAAACUAUCUAAUCGACCAAUUCCUUUAGAAGCGUUUAAAGAUAACAAAGAACUUGGUAGAAUUAUGUUGAGAAAGAGUGGUGAGACGGUUGCAGCGGGUAUUGUAACUGAUGUAAGUUUACCAUUAGUAUCUAGAUUUUGUUUACGGAAUGAAUUCUCAUUUUCUUAUGUUCUGUUUUAA